CACACAGCGUUGGGGUUUGGCCGCUCGGCUUCCUCGAGCUCCCAUUUAACUGCAACAAAGAAACACGACAGUCAAUUGCUUGUUCAGAACACCGCUGGAAUAGCAUCGGGCCCUUAACGGCGAAGAGUAGAAGCCUCGUUUAUUAUUAUUUUUUUUAAUUUGACAACCACCCAAAAAAAGUGACGUUUUGAGACGAGUAGAGUUUCUUCCGUGCGAUAUACAACUAUAAAACGCGCUGUGAGCGACGCUGACUCACCGCAUGGCCCGAGUUGAAAGAUUGACUGCAGCAUCUCUCUUCUUCUGAAGACUUUUGGGGCAUGAAAGCCAAUUACAUUCAUCUUUCAUUCGUAGCUUCCUCCUCCUCCAUCUACGUGUACCACACCUCAGUAGGGAAUUCUCACUUCAGCUGCAUCGCAUUGAUGAGGUAACAUCGCGCUGUGCUCAGGGCAGCACCCACCUGCACGAACACCACCCUCCCCAUCACCCCCACCCCCGUCCCCCCUUCUGCCACCUGUUCCAUAUCAGCCAUGGGCCAGAAGAUAUCCGGUGGCAUUAAAUCUGUGGACGGCCGCGGGGAAAGUGGUGGAUCCCCAUCCUACCGACCCUCGGCUCAUCGCAGGCAGCACCUGGAGUUGCGGGGCCCGGAUUUCUCGAAACCUCCAAGGCUGGAUCUGCUUCUAGACAUGCCUUGCGCCAGCCUGGAGACCCAACUUCGUCACGCGUGGAACGCAGACGACCGUUCGCUGAACAUUUUUAUUAAAGAGGAGGAUAAGUUGACAUUUCACCGCCACCCGGUCGCUCAGAGCACGGACUGCAUCAGAGGGUGCGUCGGUUACACGAGGGGUCUUCACGUCUGGAGGAUUCACUGGCCCUCCCGGCAGCGUGGAACCCACGCAGUAGUCGGGGUGGCUACAUCUGAAGCUCCUUUACAUUCUGUCGGGUACACUGCCUUGGUGGGGUCGGACUGUGACUCCUGGGGCUGGGAUCUGGGACGCAACCGCCUCUACCAUGACAGCAAGAACCGGGCCCAUAACUCACUUCCAUCUUACCCUUCUUUCCUGGAGCCGGAGGAGGCAUUCACUCUACCGGACUCUCUGCUGGUCAUUCUAGACAUGGAUGAAGGCACGCUGAGCUUCAUGGUGGAGGGACAGUAUUUAGGAGUGGCGUUCCGAGGGUUGAAGGGCAAGAAACUACAUCCCAUUGUCAGCGCUGUGUGGGGCCAUUGCGAGAUAUCCAUGAAGUACAUCAAUGGACUCGAUCCGGAACCACUUCCUUUGACGGACCUAUGCCGCCGAGCGGCCCGCCUUGCGUUGGGUCGGGAGCGCCUUCGGGAGAUCGAGAGCCUCCCUCUGCCCGAGUCCCUCAAAAAUUACCUCCAGUACCAGUGACUAACACCGGCAGAAUCCACUGGCACCACAAGGACACACACAGCCUAGCAGCAGGUGGGCAGGAAGGAAGCAUUUGAAGGAAACAAACCAGGAUGAGGAGGGUGGUCACGAGCUAGCGUGCUACAGGUGGACUCACUGACACAUAAGGAGAGCAAUGUCUGGAGUUGCUCUUCUUUCAUUUUGGACUUGGAAUAAAUUAUUGACACAGCGGGGUGGAGGGAAGUGGGAUGUAGGUGACUGUCGCCACCUAGUGAUGAGAAUAGAAACUGUGCAGAGAAAAGCACACUAAUCCUACCCUGGAGGCCUUCUUGACGAGUCAGCGAGCACUGACACCCGCGACAAGAGGAUCGGAGCACAAAUGUUUUCUAAUCUCAGCGACCAAAAAGCUCUCUUUGGGUUCAAGGCGUCAACAUGUUGCUCGGAUCUGCGUUGAAGCCCCUUUGCAGACAUGUUACACGGCUGGUGUCAUGUAGCUAAGACUUUUAUGUUUUACAUUGAGACUCAUUUAAACACGAAGUAAUGCAUUUUUUUUUUUAACUUAUUUGCCAUUAUGUCUUAAUCCUUUGAGGGGAUGUAAUGUUUUAAUAGUUCAUCUAAAUAAAGAAAAUAACACAAAAUUGAAUUUUAGUAGAUUUUUUAAAAUGCAUUAUCAGUGAACGUAUUAAAUUGAUUGAAACAG